AUGGAUCCGCGAGCACGGUGCCACGAAGAGGCCACAUCCUCUCGCCAUUCAAUAAAGUGCGUCCGGCGCUGGUCGCUCCGAGAUGCUGUGGACAACGCUCUUGAAGAGCUUGGUCGGGACCCUCCGCCCGCUCAAGGCCCACCGGCCAAGCGGGUUCGAUUCGGUGAUUCAGAAGGUGAGUUUCCGGCGCCCUCGGCGCCCUCAGAGCAAGAAGUAGAAGUACCACAGAUCGGUGCGGAGGCCAACGACCAUCUUAGUGACUACGAGCCCUCGUUGCCCUCCGAGGACGAGGGAGAAGAUGAUCUGAUGGGUGUCGCCGAGGCACCGAAGGAUGAUCGCCCCGCGAUUCGGUUAUUGGAGGAAAUGUGGGCCUGCGGCUGCGUCCGCUACGUUCCCACUCCCUUGACCGCGUGUGAUGUGUAUGAUUUGCAAGCGUUUUGCUCGUUGCUUGUCGACGGCCGCUCCUCUUGCGAUAAGCCUCGGAGUUCCUACGACGACGUCGAUGGAAUCCAGCUAGACAACAAAGAGAGCUGGGAAGGAAUGAAGACUGAGGUCAAGGCCGUCGACUCUUUGCAAGUCGGCCUCCUUCGUUCCAGGUCUGAGGUCUGA